GUACUUGACGGUAUCACAGAGUGUGUGGUUGCUAGCUGAGUUGUAUUCGAUUUUUGAGUAAAAUUAUAAACUACGAUACUUUAACUAAAAUGGCAAAAUUUUGGAUUGUUGGAGUAUUUUGCUUGGCUGCCUUAUUGCAGUUAACUAUGGCACGAGAUGUAGCUGAAGUGAUUAAUAACGAUAUACGUGAACAUCUAAAAGCAUAUCAAAAAUUCCUUGAAGAGGACGAUGGCACACAUAAAGCUGAUCUCACAAAACUUAUUUCACUUACUGAAACCGCUUUAAAGGAAGAUGAUGUGGAUAAGAAACAACUUCUGCUUAAAGACCUCAGUGCACAAUUCACACCAGAAUUUAAUGAAUUUUUCUCAAAAAAAUUGGAAGAAUAUACCGUUAAUGAUAACAUCAAGGACUCCAUUGAAUUCUACAAAUCGUUGUCUAGCAGUGCUGAAUUCAAAGAAGAAAUUACUAAAACGAUUGCAACUUUGGAAGCUUUACUAAAAGAAACUGAAAAACAGAAAAAAAUUGAUGGUUUAAUUGCUGUUGAAAAGAACUUCAGUCCAGAAUUCCAGAACUUCCUUAAAAAUAAUGCCCUGCCAACUGUUAACCGCGAAUUACAAAAAAAUGCGGAAUUUUUCGAAAAUCUUUUAGUUGAGAACGAGGGUUUAUUUACGAAUGAAAUUAAGGAACUUAAAGCUAAAGCUGAGGCUGCUUUAGGUGACAUUAGUGUUGAUGAGAAACAAGUGGCUCUGCAACAGAUAACCAAUCCAACCAACCAAGAAUUGUUCCAAUACCUGCAAAAGAAAUUCAUUGAGCUCAACUAAAUCUAUAUAACACUAAUCCAACAUGCUGUGGAUAAGAUAUUAAUAAUUUUUUUUAAAAUUAUGUUAAUUUACUGAUAAAAAUAAAUUUUGAUA